GUUGAAAUGAAGCUUUCAUACUUAUUAAAGUGGCAACAGUGAUUUCCUACAAGUUUAAAUACCGAGUGGCUUACCAACUUCGUUCCUGUCUGAUGUAAGAUGGAGACUAUAUGUACCGAAAAUAAGUUUGAGAAGAUUGUAAACGAAAUAAAAAUCCCCACAAGCAUAGAGGCAUUGGUUGGAAGUGAAGGAAAGGAGUACACGCAGCCAGUAUCAAAAGUUGUGACCCCUGAACUGUUUCUAAGUAUUCAGCAGGAAUUUCUUGAUAAAAAAAUUUUUAUCACUGGUGUCACAGGAUUUUUAGGCAAGGUUCUAUUGGAGAAGUUGCUUAGAUCAUGCGCUAGGAUUGAAAAAAUUUUUGUUCUAAUGAGACCUGUAGGAAAUGCAACUCCUCAAGCAAGACUUCGUAAGUUGCUCGAAAACGAACUGUUUGAUAGAGUCAGAAGGGAAUUCCCGGAUGCUUUACUCAAAGUGGAAAUGGUUGACGGAAAUAUAAUUGAAACUAAUCUAGGACUGAGUGGAAAGGACUACGCAAAUGUUACCAGUGUGUCGACCGUAUUCCACUGUGCAGCUACUGUCAGAUUCGAAGAUGAUCCCAGAAACAUUUUGAACGUAAAUCUACUUGGUGUACACAACCUUCUGGAAGUCUGUGCACAGAAUAAUAACCUGAGGGCUCUGGUUUAUGUAUCCACUGCUUACAGUUUCAGCGAUUAUUCGGAGAUUGUUGAAGAAAUUUAUCCUGAUAUGGGGGAUCCUGAACGCAUUAUAGAACUACUGGGAUGGAUGAACAGCGCGCAGAUGAAACAAUAUUGCAGCUAUUUCUUGAAUGGCCGUCCAUCUCUCUAUCAUUUCUCUAAAGCCAUGGCGGAAAUUCUGAUUGCAGAGAGAUAUCGUGAUCUUCCUUGUAUUAUAGUACGACCUUCUAUAGUAACAGCAGCUGCAGAGGAACCUUACCCCGGUUGGAUUGACAACCACAAUGGUCCUACUGGUUUCCUAGUAGGGAGUGGCAAGGGUAUUGUAAGGACUCUUCUACUGAAACGUGGAGUUACUGCUGACUGGGUCCCCGUUGAUAUUGUAGUCAACACACUGAUUGCAGCAGCCUGUUACAGGGCCCAUGAAAGUCAUCUUCCUCGUUUAACAAGAAUGUCUCAAGCUACAGGAGUUCCUAUUGUAAACUGUACAUGCCCAGAUACUAAUCUUAUAGAAUGGACUGAAGUAGUGAAAUUGUGUCUUCCCUAUCUCAUAAAAUACCCCAGUGUUAAAGUAUAUUAUCGACCUGGAGGAACAGUCACUACAUCUGAAACAGUAUACAAGAUGUGCACUUUCUUCUAUCAUUACGUUCCGGCUGCUAUUCUAGACGUCGUUUUUUAUAUGACAAGAAAAAGAUUUAAUAUGGUAAACUUCUAUCGGCGCAUACAUGGUAUCAUGGAGAAUCUGCAGCAUUACACCACGCACAAAUUUGUUUUCCGCUCACCUAACAUGCAGAGGCUCAUCAGUCUUGCGGCUCCUGAAGAUGUGCAAAUAUUUCCAUUAGACCAAAGCCAACUUAACUGGAAACAGUACAUUGAGAAUUACGUCUUAGGAGUUCGAAGAUACUACAUGCAUGAAAGCGAUGACAGUCUACCAGCUGCUCGCAGGCGCAUGAACAGAAUAACUAUCGUAUGGACAGCUACACAAUUUGCCUGUAUUGCUGCAAUAUUGCAUGCAGUUCUGAAAAAGCACUUUCCUGGUUUGUUGGAGUACAGCAUUCAAUCUAUGCGACGCGCAUUGCCAGCUACAAUGCUAUAUAAAGCAACGAAGCUUCUGAAAAAAUAGGAACUUUUCCAUUAAUUCAUGUUACAUUUUACUGCCAAAUGAUACAGUACAAUGGUUCUGUGAUUUUUUUUUUUCCAAAAUCUUAAUGUUUUCAAUAAAUAUUGAUUUUGUAAG